UCCCUCACCGGUGUCGGGUGGUGGCGGCGGCGAGGGAGGGAAACCCAUACGAGCAGUCCCGGCGCACUUCCGCCUCUGCGCUCCGGAAGGUAGGGCGCACGCGCUCCCUGCGACUCCGGCGCGACUCACUUCCGUUCCCACUGUGCCCUGCGAGCCGAAUCAUGGAUCACACUGACAAUGAGUUACAAGGCACUAACAGUUCUGGAUCCUUGGGUGGUCUUGAUGUUCGCAGAAGAAUUCCUAUAAAACUGAUCUCCAAACAAGCCAACAAAGUUAAACCUGCACCUCGAAUUCAAAGGACUAUUAGCAGGAUGCCUGCAAAGGCCCCACCAGGUGAUGAAGAAGGAUUUGAUUAUAAUGAAGAACAGCGGUAUGACUGUAAAGGGGGCGAGCUCUUUGGGAAUCAGCGAAGGUUUCCUGGACACCUUUUUUGGGAUUUUAAGAUAAACAUCUUGGGCGAAAAGGAUGACACACCAGUUCAUUUCUGUGACAAAUGUGGGUUGCCUAUUAAAGUUUAUGGGAGAAUGAUUCCGUGCAAGCAUGUUUUUUGCUAUGACUGUGCUAUUUUACACGAAAAAAAAGGAGAUAAGAUGUGCCCAGGCUGUAGUGAUCCUGUGCAGAGGAUUGAGCAGUGCACACGAGGUUCUCUCUUCAUGUGUAGCAUUGUUCAAGGUUGCAAGAGAACAUACCUGUCUCAGAGAGACUUACAAGCGCAUAUCAACCAUCGCCAUAUGAGAGCCGGAAAGCCCGUUACCCGCGCUUCUCUUGAGAAUGUCCAUCCUCCCAUUGCCCCACCACCCGCUGAGAUCCCCGAUCGUUUCAUAAUGCCACCAGACAAGCAUCAUAUGAGCCAUAUUCCUCCAAAGCAGCACAUCAUGAUGCCGCCACCUCCUUUGCAGCACGUGCCACAUGAGCACUACACUCAGCCGCAUGAGGAUAUUCGUGCUCCUCCCGCAGAGUUGUCCAUGGCUCCACCUCCACCUCGUUCGGUCAGUCAGGAAACCUUUCGUAUUUCAACAAGGAAACACAGCAACUUAAUAACUGUCCCCAUUCAGGAUGACUCAAGUUCAGGUGCUAGAGAACCACCACCUCCUGCCCCGGCACCUGCUCACCAUCACCCUGAGUAUCAGGGCCAAGCAGUGGUGUCGCACCCUCAUCAUAUCAUGCCUCCACAGCAACAUUACGCGCCGCCCCCGCCGCCUCCACCACCCAUAAGCCAUGCAAUGCCACACCCUCCCCAGGCUGCAGGCACUCCUCACUUGGUAUACAGCCAAGCUCCACCCCCACCAAUGACCUCUGCCCCACCACCCAUCACCCCUCCCCCCGGACACAUCAUAGCCCAGAUGCCACCAUAUCUAAAUCAUCCUCCUCCAGGACCCCCCCCACCUCAGCAUGGUGGUCCUCCUGUUACUGCACCCCCUCCUCACCAUUACAAUCCUAACUCUCUACCCCAGUUUACGGAAGAUCAAGGAACUCUGAGCCCUCCAUUUACACAGCCAGGAGGAAUGAGCCCUGGUAUAUGGCCUGCACCAAGAGGGCCGCCACCUCCUCCACGAAUGCAGGGUCCGCCUUCUCAGACCCCACUACCUGGACCACAUCAUCCAGAUCAAACAAGAUACAGACCGUAUUACCAGUGAUGUUAGUGUUUGAACUGAAGAUGUGACAAGGAAAAAAGAUGAAAUUAUUACUCUUUUAGUUAAGCUUUGACUGGGGAAGGAAGAAUACCUCUUUUGAGGUGGCUAUAAAACACAAAGUCUUGUCUCAAAAUGGUUUUAAAUCUUGACUUUAGGGGGUUGCUUUCACGUAUCAUACUGUAGUGCAGAUAAGUGGCUCGGUUGAACACAGCUAUAUCCUAACAGCUGUUGCUUUGGUGUGGUAAACCGACCCAGAAGUGACUAUUUGUAAAAAAUUGGAAAAAUUUUCACUGUUCCACUUUGAGAAAUACUGCUUUUAUUAAAUCCAAUGUUUAGUUUUUCUUGUGAUGCAUUUUGUUAACCUGUGUAAAAGGAUUAAAUUUCAAAAUGGUUGUAAAAAUGCUAUUUUUAUGUGAAUUUAAGUGCAGCCACAUUUUUUUUUUAAUCCACAUGUUUUACCACUAAUUUUCCAAAGUUAAAAUAAAAUCCUAAAAGUAAAAAGCUACUAAAAUUGUUACCAGGCAGACUGUUAUAUGAGAGAAUUGUCUCACAUUUUAGGCACUGAAAUUUCAAGGUGUAGUGGUUGUAUAGUGCACUCACUUGGAUGCCUUUUCAUGUUUGGAUAGCCUUGGAAGCACCAAGAUUCACCAGACUUCCUACAACUAGUUGUCUGACACAACCGAGCCAUUCUAAUAAUUGGAAAAUGACCGGCUUUGCAGGCUCUAAGCUGCGGAUGAGAUGCCAUUCUCAUCGUUGCUUUUACCUGGGUUAAAAUCACAUGAUUUGUCACACUUAAAAAUCUUAAGUUAUAAUAUUUUAUAGGAUUUUUUAAAUGGUGUUAUUUGGAUAAAAUGUGUUCUGUGUUCACUGUCUUGACCUGCGUGUUUAGGAGUGAUGGGGCUUUAUUUAAAUCCGAAUUUCUUCACAGUUAUUUGAUUCUGGGCUUUAGUCCGUUCUUGUUUAUGGGGUUAUAAGCUGCAACCUGAAUGCUGUGGAGGAAUUUGACUAAUGUUUUAGCAAAUGGUGUUUCUUGUAAUCACAAACUAGCAUUUACUCAGGUUUCAUUGCUGUGGUGAGUUUCUCGUCUAGGUUGAAAUCUUAAAACUGUUAUUUUUUUUUUUCUUGGUAAAACAGUCUAAAGUUGGAACAUUUUAACAUGGAAUCAGUAGUGAAGACAACCAGAUAAUUUUGAAUUGGACAGAAAAAAAAUUAAUCAGAUUGAAUUUCAGUGCCGUGUAAGGUGCCUUUAGAGUCAGUGUUUGCAUUAUAGGGGCUUAGUGAACUGAAGACAACCACUCACUUACACAGAUUUCCUGUGUAAGUCAGCGUUCUUAGGGUAUUGUUCAUAUCCUUUGAAUCGACUAAACUCGUGUGAAGUUUUCUUCCUUUAAAAUGGUGCAGAAUAUAAACAUGGCAAGUAGUAUGCAGAUGUCAUUUAUUAGGUAGCUUGUAGUAUAUAAAUUUAGAGCAUUGGCUUUUGACAAAGGGUAUACUGAUAGCUGAUUCACCAUUUUAUUCUGUCAGGUACAGAAAAACAUUCUCAUGUUGGAUGACCAGAUAUAAAAUCAUUUCUGAACUUAGCACAGAAGUAAGAACUAAUAUAAACGGCCGUUUUCAGCCUUGGCUGGCCAAAAAUAACUAAUGAAGUUUUUUUCCUUGAGCAAGUGAUUUUUUUUUUUUUUUCACAUGUAACAGUUUGAGUCUGGUUUGCUCAAGCACUAUUUCUAGUGAGAAGUUCUUGUUAUUAGAAGCAUGGAAGUGAAAUAGUGUGACAUGGUGGUGAGUGUUUCUGUCAUAUUACUGUAGGUACUUGGACUGGUGCAAACUUGAUUCUUUUCAUGCCCCGUUCAGGAGCUGUUAAAAUGUUAGUGUUGAAAUCUAAGUAACCCUUUGUUUCAUAUAACUAGAAAAUAGCCAGAGUCAGGUCAGAGCUUCUUAGCUGUUUGUGAGAAGCUCUGUAUUGAGAUUUACUGGGGUGUGUUGUGGUAAGGAACCACUUAACCUCUGUUCUGGACCAAAAAUCAGUAUCAUGAAAAAAAUCCCACAUUAUGAGAAUUCUUAUAGGCUUUAAAAAAAAUUUUCAGUUAGAUUAAUAAAUUAAGCUGGGAGGCAGGUCAGAUGAAUGUCUUGUAAUAGAAUUUUAAAUGUUAGACUUGAAUUCAUCAGUUUAUUGUUUGAAUGAGGGUGGGUGGGUAGACAGAUAACAAGAUUACUGUUUAGUUUUCUGUUCUUAAGGAAAAAGAUGUGAAUCCCAGCACAUUUCAGGGAAUCCUUUGAAGUUAUCUAUGACGGACGUAAGUCUAAAUGUAUGUAUGUUUCAUUAAUUGCUCUUAAGACUACUGAGGUGGCAGUUUAAUUCUUAAAAACAAUAAAAUGGAAGCAUAAAUACUAA